UCUCUCUCUCACUCAUUGCGUCGUCACUGUUAGAUCUUCCAGCUUCCUGAAACCUUUUAACGGUAACUUUUCGGCGAAUCAGUGACUAUAAAACUCUCUUAACCUUCUUCGUAACGACGCUCACUUGUUUCAUCUUCCCCACUCUCUUCUCUUCUCUCUCUGCUGAAUCGAUUAUGUCUCUCCCCAAGUGUUUCCACCUUUAUCUCUCUCUCCUCGCCGCGACGGCGACAAUCUUAACGACGGUUGCGGAUGCACAGGCCGGGGGUCAAGUGCUCCAGGCGGAGCUCUGGUGCGUAGCGAAGAACAACGCGGAGGAUUCGUCGCUACAGACGGCGAUCGAUUGGGCUUGUGGACAAGGCGGCGCCGAUUGCGGUCCGAUUCAGCAGGGUGGAACCUGUAACGACCCGACGGAUAUCCAGAAGAUGGCUUCGUACGUUUUCAACAACUACUACUUGAAGAACGGACUCGCGGACGAGGCUUGUAAUUUCAACAACAACGCUGCUCUCACUUCCAUCAAUCCCAGUCAAGGAACUUGCAGAUACCCUUCCAGUAAGAGAUUGAGCAAUGGUCGAGUCGCGGAUGAUACUUCAACGGAUGCAAGACACGCAGAUAUGAGCCGUGGCAGACGUGUUUCCAGCACUUGGAUCUUGUUGGCCUUCAACAUAUUGAUAGUGGCACGGAUAAUUCAUGUCUAGGCCACAAGAAGAUUGCUUCUUGAUGAUGAGGAAGGUGCCAUUUUGAUCUCUCCCAAUAUACCUAUGAAGAUAUCUAAUUUUCUGCCAUCUUUUGACUUUGUAUCCUUCCAGUUCAUCCCACUUGGAGUGUGUGUUUCAACAUGUUUUGAUCGUUUCAAUUGUAAUGUGUAUUGAUAUUUUUUCUUUGUGAACGAAUAUAUAAUGGUUCAAUGUUAUCAACCAAAACUAGCUGAUAGUUUCAUUUGAAA